AUGGUGCUCUCCUGUCGAGCCUUCCUGGUCCUUAGCUGGCUGUUGGCAGGGUCGGGCCUCACGCGCUGCGAGCUGCCUCUGCCGUCCAUCUCUCCGGGCGACAGCGAGCGGGUGGUGCCGCUGAAUGCCUCGUUCUCUCUGCGAUGCUCCGGGGAGAGCGAGCUGAACUGGCAGUACCCCACAUCCGAGGAUGAGAGCCCCAUGGUGGAUGUGCACAGCGAGGAGAACAACAGUGGCCUCUUUGUGGCCGUGCUGGAGGUGGCCAGCGCCACGGCGGCCCACACCGGCUGGUACACCUGCUACUACAACCACACGCAGACGGAGGAUGGCGACGUGGAGGGCAGCCACGUGUAUAUCUAUGUGCCCGACCCGGAUGUCGCCUUUGUGCCCCUGGGGAUGACUGAUUACUUGGUGAUCGUGGAAGACGACGACUCAGCCAUCAUCCCGUGUCGCACCACGGACCCCGAGACCCAUGUCACCCUGCGCAACAGCCAUGGGGUGGUCUCUGCCUCUUACGACAAUAAGCAUGGCUUCAAUGGCACCUUCACCAUGGGGCCGUACGUGUGCGAGGCCACUGUCCAUGGGAGGACCUUCCAGACGAUUCCCUUCAACAUCUAUGCCUUGAAAGCUACCUCGGAAUUGGAUCUCGAAAUGGAGGCUCUGCAGACGGUGUAUAAGGCUGGGGAGACGAUUGUGGUCACCUGUGCUGUCUUCAACAACGAAGUGGUGGACCUGCAGUGGGCCUACCCUGGCGAGGUGAGAGGAAAAGGUGUCACGGCGCUGGAAGAGAUCAAAGUCCCGACCCUCAAGCUUGUGUACACGCUGACGGUGCCUGGGGCCACGGUGAAGGACAGCGGUGACUACGAGUGUGCCGCCCGCCAGGCCACCAGGGAGGUCAAGGAGAUGAAGAAGGUCACCAUUUCUGUGCAUGAGAAGGGCUUUGUGGAGAUCCAACCCGCCUUUAGCCAGUCCGAGGCCAUCGGCCUGCACGAGGUCCGGCAUUUCGUGGUGGAUGUGCAGGCCUACCCGCCGCCCCACAUCUCCUGGCUCAAGGACAGCCUGACACUCAUCGAGAAUCUCACCGAGAUCACCACCGACGUGGAGAAGGUCCAGGAGACCAGAUACCGAUGCAAGCUGAAGCUCAUCCGUGCCAAGGAGGAAGACAGCGGCCACUACACCAUCGUGGUUCAGAACGAAGAUGCUGUGCAGAGCUACACAUUCGAACUCUUGACUCAAGUUCCCGCGUCCAUCCUGGACCUGGUGGACGAUCACCACGGCUCCAGCGGCGGGCAGACCGUGACGUGCACGGCCAGCGGCAUGCCCCCGCCCGAGAUCGAGUGGCUCAUCUGCAAGGAUAUCAAGAAGUGUAACAAUGACACGUCGUGGACGAUCCUGGCCAGCAACAUCUCCAACAUUGUCACGGAGACCCACCCGCGAGGCAGGAGUGUGGUGGAGGGUCGACUCACCUUCUCCAAGGUGGAGGAGACCCUGGCGGUUCGCUGCCUGGCCAGGAAUCCCUUGGGGACCGAGAACCGAGAGCUGAAGCUGGUGGCUCCCAGCCUGCGCUCCGAGCUCACCGUGGCAGCCGCAGUCCUGGUACUCCUGGUGAUUGUGAUUGUCUCACUGAUCAUCCUGGUUGUCAUUUGGAAACAGAAACCCAGAUACGAGAUCCGCUGGAGGGUGAUUGAGUCCAUCAGCCCCGAUGGACACGAGUACAUCUACGUGGACCCCAUGCAGCUGCCUUAUGACUCGCGCUGGGAGUUUCCCAGAGAUGGACUCGUGCUGGGUCGGAUCUUGGGCUCUGGAGCUUUUGGGAAGGUGGUGGAAGGCACAGCCUAUGGACUGAGCCGGUCCCAGCCUGUGAUGAAGGUGGCUGUGAAGAUGUUGAAACCCACGGCCCGAUCCAGCGAGAAGCAGGCCCUCAUGUCGGAGCUGAAGAUCAUGACUCAUCUGGGGCCACACCUGAACAUCGUCAACCUGCUGGGCGCUUGCACCAAGGCGGGCCCCAUCUACAUCAUCACCGAGUACUGCUUCUACGGCGACUUGGUUAACUAUUUGCAUAAGAAUAGGGACAGCUUCCUGAGCCGCCACCCGGAGAAGGCCAAGAAAGAGUUGGACAUCUUUGGUCUGAACCCAGCGGACGAGAGCACGCGCAGCUACGUGAUUUUAUCUUUCGAGAACAAUGGUGACUACAUGGACAUGAAGCAAGCCGAGAGCACGCAGUACGUGCCCAUGCUGGAGAGGAAAGAGGUGUCCAAGUACGCGGACAUCCAGCGGUCACUCUAUGACCGCCCGGCUUCCUACAAGAAGAAAUCCAUGCUAGAUUCGGAAGUGAAGAACCUCCUUUCGGAUGACAACUCCGAAGGCCUCACCUUGUUGGAUUUGUUGAGUUUCACCUACCAAGUUGCUCGUGGCAUGGAAUUUUUGGCUUCCAAAAAUUGUGUCCACCGGGACCUGGCCGCACGCAACGUCCUUCUGGCACAAGGGAAGAUUGUCAAGAUCUGUGACUUUGGCCUAGCCAGAGACAUCAUGCAUGAUUCCAACUACGUCUCCAAAGGCAGCACCUUCCUGCCUGUGAAGUGGAUGGCCCCUGAGAGCAUCUUCGACAACCUCUACACCACGCUGAGCGAUGUCUGGUCCUAUGGCAUUCUGCUCUGGGAGAUCUUCUCUCUUGGGGGCACUCCCUACCCUGGCAUGAUGGUGGAUUCCACAUUCUACAACAAGAUCAAGAGCGGGUACCGGAUGGCCAAGCCCGACCAUGCCACCAGUGAAGUCUACGAGAUCAUGGUCAAGUGCUGGAACAGUGAGCCGGAGAAACGACCCUCGUUUUACCACCUGAGCGAGAUCGUGGAGAAUCUGCUGCCUGGACAGUAUAAGAAGAGCUAUGAGAAAAUUCACCUGGACUUCCUGAAGAGUGACCACCCGGCCGUGGCCCGCAUGCGCGUGGACUCGGACAAUGCGUACGUCGGUGUCACCUACAAGAAUGAAGAGGACAAGCUCAAGGACUGGGACGGUGGCCUGGGCGAGCAGAGGCUGAGCGCCGACAGCGGCUACAUCAUCCCACUGCCUGACAUCGACCCCAUGCCUGAGGAGGAGGAGGAGGAUGGGGGCAAACGCAACCGUCACAGCUCGCAGACCUCCGAGGAGAGUGCCAUUGAGACAGGCUCCAGCAGCUCCACCUUCCUGAAGAGAGAGGACGAGACCAUCGAGGACAUGGACAUGUUGGAUGACGUCGGCAUGGACUCCUCGGACCUGGUGGAGGACAGCUUCCUGUGACCGGCAGGCGCCCGUGGGCUCCCCAAACCACCUUUGGGUCCCCUUCAGAAAGCUACUUGAUUACAAGGUACAGGUGGAGAGAGGACAUGAAUGAUACU